AUGUCUACCGCCACCUUCCACGCACGCACAACCUACCGCGCCCUCCUCCGCGAGCUCCCACGCAAACAAUUCAAAACCCCCUCCCCACUCCACCAACGCCUCCGCGAUGUCUUCCGCUCAACGCCAUCCGCCGAGAACGGCGCCCUGCCCUUUUCACACGCUACAACGGCCGAAGAACGCGCCCUCCGCGUCCAAGAAGCAGAUCAACUCGCUCAAUAUGCCCGCGCCCAGCGCGUAUACUGUGACUUGCUUGAGCGGUAUAACCCCGGCAUGAGCAUGGACGAGGAAGAGAAGAUUAGACUUACCGCCAACCGGGUUGGGUUUGAAUUGCCUGAGCUGCAUAAUCCCGAGAAGAACUAG